AUGCGACUUCGUGGAGUGUUCCGCGCAGCCAAGCUACCUAAAGGACAUCGCACCAUUGGCACGAAGUGGGUCUUCAAGAUCAAGCGCAAAGCGGAUGGAUCAGUUGACAAAUACAAGGCGCGUCUUGUGGCAAAGGGUCUCGAGCAACAAUAUGGGAUGGACUACACGGAAACGUUCUCGCCCGUGGUCAAGAACGUGACGCUACGCAUGAUGAUUGCAGUCGCUAAGCAUUUAGGAUGGACCAUCGACCAACUCGACGUGGUGACGGCAUUCCUGUAUGGUGUCAUGAAGGAACAAGUGUUCUGCGUCAUCCCUGAAGGCGUGGAAAUAAAAGGGUUCUUUGAUUGUCUGGAGUUGGUGAAGGCAAUCUACGGACUCAAGCAAGCGUCGCGCGUAUGGAACGAAACGUUUGACGAGUUUGUUGACGGUCAUUGGUUUCCUACCAGUAUUGGUAACCGUGACCGGUCCAAUCCGAACCGCCGUUCAGCUUGGUAUUUACGACGUAGUUCUUACGGUAAUUACCAUAGUUGA